AUGGUGAAGUGCAAGUGCUGGGAGCUGGGGGGGGAAGCGGGCACGCGGUGCGCUCAGGGGAGGAGGCGGAGCGGAGGUGGAGUGACGGUGACUCUGGAUCCAGACACGGCUCAUCCCCAGCUCGCCCUGUCUGAGGAUCGGAGACAUGUGAGAUGGGGACACGCCCGGCAGGAUCUGCCCGACAAUCCUGAGCGAUUUGACACUGGAUCAGUCAUAACCCUGAGAGGGGGGAGGGGGAGCAGGAAGUUGGAACAGCCCGCCAACACAGACAGCCGAGGAGUGAUUUUGGUCUGUGUGUGCCAAGCUACCAGAGCCAGCAACAUGGAGAAGGCACCUUUUGAAGAAAUCCUCUCGCUUGCACUUUCACUCCUGCAUCAGAAAAAGGACAGAGCUUCCUUGAAGUGCUGGUGAACAUUUGAGAGGACUUUUCUGCCCCACCAAAGGUACCUGAUGGACUGUAUGAUGGAGCAGGAGGAGAAGGAGGACCCUGGCAUGGCAGACUCACACUGGCCUAUGCUGCUCAGUAGAACUGGCAGAGCUGCUGGUAUUCCCUAGGUAGACUGGCACAGGGCCACAAGCACAGACUGGUGAGAUCCCAUCAGCCUGCAGACCUGGGAUGCCCAGCACACAGUCCGGAGCUCAUGCAGGAAAAAAAGGUGCUGCUCCUUUAAACAACAAACAGCUUGAAAGAAAGAGAGAGAAAAGAAAAUACCGAACAGAAAGAACAGGCUUUCAAAUACAUGCUAUAUUUACAGUCAGGCAAUGUGAGAAUUCCAAACAAUUCAAGGAUAGUGUAAUAAUCAGAACACAGAGAAGAGAGUGUCCAAAACCUGCAAGAAUAAUUUAAGGCCUCAAACUAGUUUUUUUCAUGAACAAAGGGACUGAGUUAAGAAAACACAAUCACUUUCCAUAAUAUUGAACAGUUUUAUUCCCUCUCUCUCUACUUUCCUUACCCCCUUUCCCUGUCUUUCACCCUCCAUUUCCUUCCAGCAUCUCCCUCCCCAGUAAAGCCUCACGUUCCCUUUCCAGUCUUCAGCUUCUCCUCUCCCUACCAUAGGCACCACCUUCUACUGGCGCCAGUGGGUGCUCAACCCCCCUCGGCCCCGGCCCCACCCCACCUCCACCCCUGCCCCUCGUCCAACUCCUUCCCCAAAUCUCCGCCCCCGCCCCUGCCUCUUCCCCCCUCCC